UCGAAGCAGCCGCGGCUCCGGCUCCGCUCGGGGCGCUCCAGGCCGCGGCAGCCGCCAGGUUGGGGGGUCCCCGGCGCGGGCAGGCAGCCGCCCCCUCCCCGCUGCCCGCCAUGAGCGGCUCUUUCGAUAAGAAGCUCUCCAGCAUCCUGACGGACCUCUCGGGCUCGCUGAGCUGCCAUGCAGCCUCCAAGGACUCUCCCACGCUGCCCGAGUCCUCGGUCACCGACCUGGGCUACUACACGGGCCAGCACGACUACUACCCGGGCCAGUCGUACGGGCAGCCCGUGGGCCACUACCCCUACCCGCAGUUCAACCUCAACGGCAUCGGCGCCGCGGGCACCUACUCGCCCAAAUCCGAGUAUUCCUACAGCCCCUCGUACCGCCAGUACGGGCACUUCAGGGAGCAGCAGCUCCCGCCGCAGGAGGCAGUGUCGGUGAAGGAGGAGCCGGAGCCCGAGGUGCGGAUGGUCAACGGGAAGCCCAAGAAGAUCCGGAAGCCGCGCACCAUCUACUCCAGCUACCAGCUGGCCGCCCUGCAGCGCCGCUUCCAGAAGGCGCAGUACCUGGCGCUGCCCGAGCGCGCCGAGCUGGCGGCGCAGCUGGGGCUCACCCAGACCCAGGUGAAGAUCUGGUUCCAGAACCGGCGCUCCAAGUUCAAGAAGCUCUACAAGAACGGCGAGGUGCCCCUGGAGCACAGCCCCAACAACAGCGACUCCAUGGCCUGCAACUCGCCGCCGUCGCCGGUGUGGGACAGCCCCGGCAGCGCCCGCACCCCGCUGCCGCAGCCGCUGCCCUACAGCUCCUCGCCGGGUUUCCUGGAGGAGCACAACCCCUGGUACCACCCCCAGAGCCUCAGCGGCCCCCACGGACCCCCGCAGGCGCAGGCGGCCCCCCCGAUGCACCACCCGUCCCCCGGGCCCCCCAGCACCGUGUACUGACGGGCACCGAGGGCUCAGAGACGCUGCACAACUCCUUGGCCUCCUUUUUUCCCCCCACUCCCCGCGCUGGUUUGGUUUUGUCUCCUGAUUUUUCCUUAAAAAAACACCACCGACAACAACAGCAACAAACCAAAGGAAAGGACCCCCCACCCCCGCGCACCCCUAGAAAUCCUCGCUGCUCGCCCCGCUCAUCUCAGGAACCAGAGGACUGCGAGGGCUCCCGACCCUCCGCUCCCGGCGCAGGAAAAGCUGGAAAAACCCUCCUGCACGUUUUCAUUUCCCCAGAUUUUCCACCACCCCUUCACCCCCCCGCCCCACCCGGCAAAUUUGGCCCCCGGAGUCCCC